UUUGCAAAACAACAGUCCUGAAAAAGUCGAUGUCGCCUAUCGGAAAGAACUGGUCGAUUUGACGAUUUAGACGAUUGCCCAGCUGAAGUGAUAUAGCAGUGUGUGAUAUGCUCCUCUUAAAGAAUUUCAAGAAUAGAAGAACUGAAAUAUCAGCCCUUCGCCAGUUGGUCACUUUUAUGGUUUGAUUGUACACGGAAAAAGGUACCCAAAACAGGUGGGUGAAGUGGUGACAGCUAAUGGGAACUUACUGGUCUCAAAACAACCGGACUCUCCUAAAUCAGUCCGACAACAGGGGCAGGACAAGCCAAGGCUAUCAGGCAGAUGAUGAUGACUCCUUGGAUGGCCUGGAUAGACAGGAAGACAUUGCACAGUUUCCAUAUGUGGAGUUCACCGGACGAGAUAGCAUCACAUGUCCAACUUGCCAAGGCACUGGGCGAGUCCCCUCAGGUCAGGUAAAUGAGCUGGUUGCUUUGAUUCCAUACAGUGAUCAGAGGCUUCGUCCUCAAAGAACGAAACUGUAUGUGGUGCUGUCUGUGGUGCUGUGUCUGCUGGCCUCCUCACUGGUGGCCUUCUUCAUGUUCCCGCGGCCUGUGGGGGUGGAGGAUGACGGUAUUUGCACGGUCACCGUACACUUUGAUCACAACAACAGCAGAGUGCUUAUCAACAUGACGAGCUCUUUGAACUUCAGCAACUCCAAUUUCUUCACGGUGCUGGUGGACAGCAUAACCUGUCAGGUGCUCUACAUGAAGACUGUGAUCGGGACCCAGCAGCUAGACAAUGUCAUCCGGAUUCAGCCCCUUAGUCAAAGACAGGUGAACUUCUCUGUUAGCAUGGAGAUCAGUGGGAGUCUCUCUUAUGUCUAUGCCUUCUGCACCAUGGCCAGCAUUAAGGUUCACAACAUUGUUGUCUUCAUGCAGACCUCUGUUAAAACAUCCCAUAUGGUCCGCAGCACCCAGAACACCCUGGAGGCAUAUCGCUACAUUGACUGUGGCUCAAACUCCACAGUACACCAGUCCUCAGCCAUCUUAUGGUCUGAUCCACAUCGCAAACCCAGCAUCCGCCUGCUGAGCUAAAAAAAAAAGAGACAUAAGUGGUUUGAGAUGACUGGGGUCAUCUGCGGAGAUGGAAGUGGGGUUUGAUUUAUGUAGUUACCUUCAAGGUUUGUUUAAUUGGCACCAAAACAAAAGGGAGUCGUUUCCAAGAUUUAGCUUCUCUGGGCUGGGUUGGAACAUGGGAACGUGUUGCCUCUGAUGAGGUGAGGGCUACUUGAGUUUCUUUUCCUUGAAAAAGCUUUCAGAGCGUCAUUUAGUUGCACACAAUACUGGUUUUGUUACUACUGAAUUAGAAACACUUGAAAGUUGCUGCUCUUGGCUUUUGGUUUACUCCAUUUCAAGAGCCCUUCCCUUUUGAGUAGGGCAUGGUCCAGGAAAUGAGUACGUCAGUAUGAUCUGGAUGACUGAUGAUGAAUUGUGCCAAUUAUGAGCAAAGAAUCUUGUGUUAAAUUGGUAAGCAUUCAGGCUUCAUGAUUUUGAUAAUUUUCCGAAUUAUAGGCUUUCUGAUUUGAAGUUGAUGAAGCCUUCAUUUUUUAUGGCUUUUAAAGCUUUCAACAAGUAUCUUCAACUGGACAAGCUCACGUCCUCAGCCUCAAUCCAGUCUCAUUUUUACCGAGUGGUAGGGUGCAGUUUUACUAACUAUGCUUUUUCAUACUGAUUUGAAAGGAAAGACUGCUGUUUUUUUCUUCCUUGAAUAAUAUAUCCAAAGAUCAUUUUGCCUGUGUUUACAAAAUAACUUACUUUUUCACAAUUUACAUAUCAAUGUUAGACUGAGAGGACUUUGUGCUGUCUUUGCUCUGAUUCUGUCUGUUGUAGUCAGAGGGGUUACUGAUGUAAAGACCAGCUGUUACAUCAUGUGACUUUGCAAAAUAAGAAAAUGACCACUGCUGGUAACGGUUUCAAAUGGUUAUUGGUGUUACUUGUCUCCAGUAAGACCAAACGCAUGCUACUUUAAACUAUGCAACGUUUACCAAUGAGCUAUAUAAUAUUUAUUUUUAGAGAUUUUAUUUGUCAAAAUUGAACUUGAAGAUUUGUCAUAUAAUGCUAAAUUAUAAAGUAAAGUGAAAUGUAAUUUUGAAAUAGAAUGGUACUUUGAUGUUUACAGAAAAAAAAAAGCUGACCUGCAAGAUUCCUUGAAAUGCAGUGUUUUAUAUUGAAAAAGGAAAAAAAUGUUCCACCAUAGUGUAUUAUGUGAAAAAGGGAAAGGCCAAUAAAUAAAGUUCUCUAAUAAAUGAAAAUGGUUUUAAUGUG